AUGAAUAUUGGUAGCACUGUUGUCAGGUUUCUAAGCAUUGCCACCUUAUUUACCAUUUGCUUAUUAUUAUGCAAUGCAAAUCUGAGUGCGCCUUGCAAGCAAAAUGAGAGACAAGCACUUUUGAAGUUUAAGCACGAUCUUUAUGAUUCUUUCAAUAAGCUUUCAUCUUGGGCUGGUGAAGGAGAUUGUUGCAAUUGGACGGGAGUUGUCUGCGACAAUUUAACAGGUCAUGUCCGCGAGCUCCACCUUGGCGGAGAUAUAUAUGACGUGGCUUUCAGUGGUAAGAUAAAUCCAUCUCUGCUCAAUUUAAAGCAUCUUAUCUACUUGGAUCUAAGCAACAAUGAUUUUCGAAGAAUGCAGAUUCCUAGCUUCUUAGGUUCUCUCAAAAGUUUAAGAUAUCUUAACCUCUCAGAGUCGUUGUUCAUCGGAUUAACUCCUCAUCAAUUGGGAAAUCUAAAAAGUCUACAGGUUCUUGAUCUGCACGAUGACCCGGGGAUUUACGCCCAUUUGGAGGUUGAGAGCCUUCAAUGGAUUUCUGGUCUUUCUCAAUUGCAACACUUGGACAUGAGUGGUGCAAAUCUUAGCAAAGCAUCUGAUUGGUUGCGGGUGACAAACACACUCCCGUCUUUCGUGGAGAACUUGGAUAUGUCUUUUUGUGGACUUUAUCACAUACCUGGUGGUAUUGCCAACAUGACUAAUCUUAAAUUCCUUCAUCUCCAGUACAACUCUAUCAAUUCUACUAUACCUAAAUGGUUGUACAGGCUUAGCCACCUUCAGUCCCUUAUUCUUUCCGGCAAUUCUUUUCAUGGUGAGAUCUCGUCUUCCCUUGGAAACCUCACAUCCAUUGUCAAUCUUGACUUAAAUUCUAAUCAAGUUGCAGGGAAUAUCCCGAACUCUUUGGGAAAUCUUUAUAAGUUGACUACUCUUGAUAUGUCGGAGAACAAUCUCAUUGAGUCUAGUCUGGAAAAACUUGGAAAAAUUCCUGACUGUUUCAGAAACUGCAAAAACUUGGUAGUUGUAAAUUUAGAAAGCAACAAUUUAAUUGGGAAUAUUCCAAGGACUUUGGGCUACUUGCACUGGAGCCUCAAAUACUUGCACUUGCACGGGGAGUUGCCUCCAUAUCUAAAGAAAUGUACAGAAUUGACUAUUCUUGACCUUAGUUACAAUAAGUUUCUAGGAAAGAUACCAAUGUGGAUUGGAACAAGCCUUUCAAUUUUGGCGGUUCUUAGCCUUCGUUCAAAUCAGUUUCAUGGCCACAUUCCGUACAAACUUUGCGAUCUCACAUUUCUCCGUAUAUUGGACCUUGCACAUAACAAUAUCUCAGGAAGAAUGCCAAGGUGUUUGUACAAAUUUAAGGCGAUGGCUUCAAACUCUGAAAUCUCUCAUUCUUCCUUUUAUUAUGGAAAUAAUAAUAAUUAUGAUAAUUCAUUUGAAGCUAACAAAAUAGAGACUGCAAUAUUGGUGUCGAAAGGUAGAGAAGUGAAAUAUGGAAGCAUUCUUCCUAGCUUGGCAAUUAGUUUGGACCUUUCAGACAACAUUAUCUCUGGAGAAAUCCCCGAAGAACUUACCAGCCUCAUCUACUUGCAGUCGGUGAAUUUGUCUUACAAUCUUUUGAGGGGAAGAAUCCCUCCCAAGAUUGGUGAUACGAGACGGUUAGAAUCUCUUGAUUUGUUGUCCAACGACAGGGAGCAUUUUGAUGUGUAA